AUGUUCAGACAAUCAAUUGUGAAGCAAUCGUGUAGAUUUUUGGCUACCAAGAAACAACCAAGUAUCGGUAGAUACACCGGUAAGCCAAACCCAAAGACUGGUAAGUACACUGUUUCCUUCAUUGAAGGUGAUGGUGUUGGUCCAGAAAUUUCCAAAUCCGUUAAGGCGAUCUUUUCCGCAGCCAAGGUUCCUAUUGAAUGGGAAAGUUGUGAUGUGAGUCCAAUUUUCGUUAACGGAUUAACUACUAUUCCAGAUCCAGCUGUUGCUUCAAUUAACAAGAACUUGAUUGCUUUGAAGGGUCCAUUGGCUACUCCAAUUGGUAAGGGUCACAGAUCCUUGAACUUAACCUUAAGAAAGACUUUCGGUUUGUUCGCUAAUGUGCGUCCAGCUAAAUCUAUCGAGGGUUACAAGACUACUUACGAAAACGUUAACUUAGUUUUGAUCAGAGAAAACACUGAAGGUGAAUAUUCUGGUAUCGAACACGUUGUUGCUCCAGGUGUCGUCCAAUCCAUCAAGUUGAUUACUCAGGAUGCUUCUGAAAGAGUCAUUAGAUACGCUUUUGAAUACGCUAGAGCCGUUGAUAGAUCAAAGGUCCUUGUUGUUCACAAAUCCACUAUCCAAAGAUUGGCCGAUGGUUUGUUCGUUGACGUUGCCAAGAAAUUGUCUUCUGAAUACCCUGACAUCGAACUACAAACUGAAUUGCUAGAUAACACCGUCUUGAAGACUGUCCAACACCCAGAAGCCUACGAUGAUGUCGUUGUCGUUUGUCCAAACUUGUACGGUGAUAUCUUGUCCGAUUUGAACUCCGGUUUGUCCGCUGGUUCUCUAGGUUUGACUCCAUCCGCUAACAUUGGUCACACCGUUUCUAUCUUCGAAGCUGUCCACGGUUCUGCCCCAGAUAUUGCUGGUCAAAACAAGGCUAACCCAACUGCCUUGUUGCUAUCCUCUGUCAUGAUGUUGAACCACAUGGGUUUGACUGAACACGCCGACAAGAUUGAAAAGGCUGUCUUGACCACCAUUGCUUCUGAUGCUAAGAACAGAACUGGUGACUUGGGUGGUUCUGCUUCCACAUCUUCUUUCACUGAUGCUGUCAUUGAAAGAUUAUAA